AUGAGUCUUGUUACUAUUUGUCCUUUAUCAGAAACAUUUAUUCGUUUGACGAUGCAAAUGCAUCCCGAACUCGACACGCAAGAUCAAACGGCCGUUCGUGGUUUACUUUAUUUAUUACUUAACAAAAAGCACACUUCUAGAAGAGAAAAGAUUCGGAAACAUCAAGAGCGUAGACAACAACGUCGCAUGUACAAGGUCCAACGAUUUGAAGAAUUCCUUCAUCUACGAUUUCCCCUUUCACAACACCCUUACGGAAGACACAGUUCCAUUUGA